GGCUUGGCUGCUGCGCUGCAUAUAACAUCCUGAGGGAGCCCGUGCGAUAGUGAAAGCGCCGGUGUCACGCGUAUAUAUUUAUCUGCGCGUACGCGAAAAUGUGUCUAUGUGUGUAUCAAGCACGACGCUACAGCUAGGCUGCUCUGGCAGGAAGUCUUCAACCCCUUUGGGGGUUACAUCGCACCUAUAUAGGGUUGCUGGCCGGGAUAUGAGAGCCAACUGCCUGAUGUGUGCUGCGCAAGCGGAUGGGGCUGGAGAGUUUUCGUGCUGAUGCGCGCUGAGGAAUCUUGAUGAACAAAAGAUACCCAGUGCCAUUUUAGAAGAAAAACAUUGCUCUGCUCAAGAAUAUCAAAUAAUAUUCUUUGCAACUGAAUGUGAUAUAAACUCUAAAGUAAUAUUUGUACUUUACAAGUAAUUUUUGUACUCCACUGAAAUGUUUAGCUUAACUUGACUGUGAUGUCAUUAUUAAGUUCAGCCUUAUGUGACAGACAAAAUGUUACCAAAAAAAGUCAGUAAAGCUCUGAAAGAGCAACGCAGCAAUGAUAUCCAAAGUCAGCAAAAUCCAGGAGCCACUGAAGUGAAAUGCAAAAGUGUCUACUGAACAUCGAGCCUGAGUUUAGAUCAUUGGAAAGUAGCAUCAGCUCGAAAGGAGCAGUUGAUAAAAAUGGCUCGCAAGAACGAUAACUUGAAGAGCAUCAACGUUGCGGUGGUCGGAUUGUCUGGCAACGAAGGCUCCGUAGGCGUUGGCAAGUCCUGCCUGUGUAAUCGCUUCAUGCGCUCACAUAGUGACGACUACAGUGUAGAUCACAUAUCUGUACUGUCACAGUCUGACUUCAGUGGUCGGGUAGUGAACAAUGACCACUUUUUAUAUUGGGGUGAAGUCGUGAAGCCAAUGGAGGACGGUUCGACAGAUUAUUCGUUCCAGGUCAUUGAGCAUACAGAGUUCAUUGAUGACUCGUCAUUCCAACCGUUCAAAGGUGGGAAGAUGGAGCCGUAUUACAAGCGCUGUGCUGCCACUAAAAUUACGAGCGCCGAGAAGCUCAUGUACAUCUGCAAGAAUCAGUUGGGUAUCGAGAAAGAAUACGAGCAGAAAGUUCUUCCCGAUGGCAAAUUGAAUAUCGACGGCUUCUUGUGUGUGUUUGACGUGAGCGCCGUGCCCAAUAGGUCGGUGGAAAAACAGAUUGAUUAUGUGGUGAACAUUUUGAACAACCUCAUGAAAACAAAGAAGCCGAUCGUUUUGGUGACGACAAAGAACGACGACGCAAAUGAGCAGUACGUCAAGGAAGCUGAAAAGCUGGUCAUGAGGAAGGAAUACAAAGGCUCGAUUCUGAUGGUCGAGACAUCCGCGCACGAGAAUAUUAACGUAGAUCUCGCUUUCAUGACUAUAGCUCAGUUCGUCGAUAAAACGAAGUUGCGCACAAAGAUUUUACCGUUCACUGAAGCAGCACGUCAGCGCAAAGAGCUCAUGGAUGCAUCAACAGAAUCGCUUCAGAGGCUCAUACGCAUUCACGUACAGGAUUAUCGAGCAAUCUGGUCCCAGGCGUCAAAAAAGCUUGCUCAACACAGGGAGUUUACGACGUUCGUCGAGCUAUUCGGUAUAGACGCUACGCAGCGGCUAUUCCGCCGGCACAUAAAAAAACUCAAGGAUGAGCAAGUGGCUAAAAAGAUAUCAGGCUACCUUGAAUUGUUGCCCGACAUUUUGCACGAGAUUAGUCCGGAUCCUGCAAAUUUAAUUAACGAGGAAUGGUCAAACGUCCAACAGUUCAUCAAAGAACAUCCUGACUUUGAUCGUUACUUUUAUGAGUGUCCAGAAGACAUACCUUGGAUUGAUUACGAUUUUGGCGAGAACAAUACAUCAAAAAUACCGUACGAUGUAUUAGAGACGCCCGAGGCUGAGACAGUAUUUAAGAAUCAUGUAAAUGCAUUGCAGCAAGAGCAACGGCGACUUGAACUUCCAAAAAGGUGGAAAAAACAGUUCAAGCAACUACUCGAAGAGACAGGUUACGUUACUCCUGGCAAGCAAUUAUCCGAGGUGCGGGUGCUAUUCAUGGGACGUGAGUGCUUCGAGGCACUGUCACAACACGAUUGCCAAGAAAUUUAUGAUCAGCAUCAAAAAGAGAUUAUCGAGAAAGCCAAGCACAAUUUUCAAGAAUUAUUAUUGGAGCACGCCGAUUUGUUUUAUCAUUACAAAAGUAUUGCUCCCACUGGCACAAUCACACAAGAUGACAUCAAAGAAAUUACCGACGCUCUAAUCGACGAUUUCAGGUACAAAGCCCUGGAUAGAUUAGAUCAAGACAGAAAGUUAAUGCUCUUUCAGCAUUUAGGCUUUGUCCAUUGUCCUAUCCGCGAGCACUGUCCAGCCUUUCCCAAUUGCAUGGAUCCGUUGAUCGAACGAAUCUUGGGAACCAAAGCUCACAGGCCGUCCUCGUGGAAUCACAGCAGUCAGUGGCAAUUGAGUUCAGAAAACAACCAACUUAAUCUUGUGAUAUUGGGUGGUAGUGGGUUGAGCGAGGAGUUCGCUCGCGAGAUUCGCUCCCAGACUGAGGACGACGAGGUGGAAAUUGACUGCCAAUUGUACACACUAGGUUACCGCGUGAUCGACGGCGACGUCGGACUGCCCCACAAUUCCUUUACCACCUCCGACUUUCUGCCUCAUGGUUCCUUUUGCAUAUACUCGAACGAAGAGACGUAUGAGUACGUCCGUUCUUCGUUGGAGAAGACGUUGCUCUCGAAUUUAGAACAAGAAGAUCGACUACCCUUCCAGGGUUUGCCGAUUGUUAUUCUGUUCGUUCCGGACUCGCACACUGACGAGCUCGAAGCCAUGAGGCUUCGCGAGGAAGGGCAAAACCUGUCCGACAGUCUGCAAUGUCCAUUUAUUGACGUAGCCCUCGAAGAUCUUGAACAGGAUAAGAGAUUCCCAUCGUCGUUGGUAAAAGAAGCUCUUCAACAGCUCGUCCAAGCGAUCAACCAUAGAGCUGGUUUUCUUAAUAUUUACCAAAGCGUCAUAGAGUGCUUGGAACCAGAUAUCAGAAUAAUCAUGUGUAUGUUCUGCGGGGACCCAUAUUCGGUUGAGAACGUGCUUGCUCCAUUGUUGAGCCAUCAGUGUUGUUUCCUGAGUAGCGAGCGCUCUAUUGUUUUGGAAACUUUCCUCGGUGACUCGAAGCGUCGCGUCGAGGUCACGAUAUCGAGUUUUCACGGGGCAAAUGCUUUUAGAGAUGAGCUCGUGCACGGUUUCAUACUUGUUUAUUCUACCAAAAGAAAAGCUUCCUUGGCCACGUUGAACGCUUUUUCGCACAACAUUCCAAACCUGCCGAUUCAGAUAAUGGCAGUGACCGACAGCGGAGGUGCUAAUGCAUUUUUUACAAAUGACCUAAGCCAUCAUCUUAUUACCGAAGGAAAUGCCACGGCUGAUAAGCUUCAGGCUCACUUUAUGACCUCGUCAUCAUCCUGCCAACAAAAAACGGCCUUCUAUACGCCAUUCUUCAAGGAGGUGUGGGACAAAAAGCCAGAGAUCGAGCAGGCUUUUAAUAUGGAAGAACCUGGGAAUCUCAAUGACAGUGGCGAAGGCACUCUCGAAUAUUCAGCUCUGCAUCCUAUGCCACCACCUCGGCACGAAAGCUACCACCUGCAAACACCCGAUGACGGUAUGUCGGUAACUUUCAGAAGUGGCUCAGAAUCGUACGAACAGUUGACGCCCGACGGUGAAUUGGGCGAAGGUGGCCUGAACGAGCAUUUUGUCGACAAUCGGGCGACUCCAAGCGACGAUAGCGAUAUUUACAGCCAAGUUGACUAUCAUCGCGAAGAACGAGAUCGGGACUACGGUCGAGGUGGCGACAUCACCAGCAAGCUGUCUGGCUGGGUGAAAGACACCUUCAUGCACCAGCAGCAGCAACAGGACGGUGUGACAAACAGUUACUCUCAUCGCGCUUUCACAACGGGUAGACGCAACAUACCCCAGACUAAGUCUAGACCCAAGGGAAACAGCCAAACUCUCAUAAAACAGCAGCCCGGUAAAAUCAAUUCUAAAGAUUUCGCCAACGUGUCGGAAGUGAUAUCGCGUAUGGCUAUUGGGGAAAAGGAUGAGCAUGGCAAAAUGAGUCUGGGACAUGCGCCCUUGGCUACACCCGAGAUGGUUGAUCUUGGCUCUGAAUACGCACAAGUCAAAGAUGUUGUACCAAAUCUGUAUUCCCACUACGAUGGGGACUAUGUGUACACCCUGGUACACGAUUCUCUGAAUAAUAAAUCAAAAAUACGACACAGAAAAGAUAAGGGCCACCCUUACUCUCCCUCAACAGCCUACAGUGAUUCAGACUCUGAGUGGAGUUCAUUGGAGCGCCAAAGGAUAGCAGAGGCAUUGGGAAAACUAAACAAUAAAAAGAUCUCGUCGCACAAACGCACGCGUAAAAAGCGAACCGCCAUACCGGUCGCGACUCCCAAGGUGCCGUCGUUGUCCGGCAUAUCAGGAGGAGGCGGGCCACUUACCGAUGGUAUUAUCGGUCUUAAUUACAGUGUAAAAGACGAUAAAAGCUGGCGAGUUGAUUCCACUGAGCGAGUGUCGAGUGAAACUCCAGACAGUUCGGAGUCAAGCGACCAGGAGCAAUCUAGAUCUCGAAACAAACAGCAUGCGAAGCAGUAUCCGGUGGCCCCGACGACGAAUCCACGCAAAAAUAAAUUCGGUAAUUCUCUGCCACCCCAGCACUUGGCCUCAAGUCUCCAGCAUCCAUUCAACCUGAAACACGUAACUCAAGAAAUGUUCAGCACGAUGUCAGCAAAACAGCGAGGCCUCACGGGCGAGAACAACUUCCUACCCGAUGAUGAAUCAAGUUUAGACGUCUCGUCCCCCCGUGAAAUCAAUUCACCAAGUUUUGGUCUACUUACCAAGAGCAAGGAUGGACAAGAUAAAUUGACGCGGAAACGGGACAAACAAAAGGCCAAAGAAGACGAGAAAAUAGAGAAACGCAGACUGAAAGAGGAGAAAUUAAAGAAGCACGCGGAAAAAGAGCGCGAGCGUGAGAAAAAGAAGCAAGAAAAAACGAAACAGACUAAGCAGGCCUCGGGCGGUGGUAACAUUAACAUGGCGCUCCAGCCUAUGUCUCAAACGCUGAUCGAAGAUUUUGCUCAAAGUGAUACGAAUCCCAUUCCGUUGUUCCUCGAGAAGUGCGUUAGAUUUAUCGAGGAUGAAGGGCUCGAUUCCGAGGGUAUAUACAGGGUGCCUGGUAAUCGUGCCCACGUCGAAUUGUUGUUCCAAAAGUUUGAAGAAGAUGGCAACGUAGACAUACACUCUUUGGACAUUCCCGUUAACGCCGUUGCCACGGCACUGAAAGAUUUCUUCUCAAAGAGGCUACCACCCCUUAUCGAUAAAGAUAGUAUGAGCCAGCUUGAGGAUAUAUCGGGUGCACGUGGUAUCAGCAAACCGAUGUCCGCGACAUGCAUGAAUAUGGAAGAUCGAAGCGGCAGGCUGCUGGCUCUACGCAUGAUGCUGAACAAACUCAACGUUGUCAACUUUGACGUUCUAAAAUUCGUAUUCCAGCACUUUGUCAAAGUGGCCGAGAACUGCAAACUGAACAGUAUGGACAGCAAAAAUUUGGCGAUUUGCUGGUGGCCGACGUUGUUACCAAUUACCUUUGAGGAUCUUGGAAAGUUCGAGGCGAUGAGGCCUUACCUCGAAGACGUGGUCCAGACGAUGAUUGAUCAGUACCCAUUCCUCUUCUGCGGCAAGGAGGCCAUCGUCAUGGUUUAG